AUCCAUUAGAGGCAAUACCUCCAAGACAUAGAAGUGCAUUUGCAGGUUUUAAAUAAUACAUACAACAUAUGUGCUCAGUAAUUUAACGUGCUUAAAUCAGGGAGCUUAAAAAAAAACAAAAAACAUGUCAGAUAUGCGAGAUACAAUGCUGACUGGAUCAGAGGGAAUUAAGAAGACUAUUUUGCACGGAGGAACGGGAGACCUUCCCAGAUUUAUUACUGGAACAAAGGUGACGUUCCACUUCCGCACUCAGCUGUGUGACGAUGAGCGCACGGUGUUGGACGACAGCAAGAAGGUGGGAACGCCCAUGGAGAUAGUGAUUGGCAACAUGUUUAAGCUCGACAUUUGGGAGACCCUGCUGUCUUCCAUGAGGAUCGGUGAAGUGUCAGAGUUUUGGUGUGACACCAUUCACACCGGUGUUUACCCACUGGUGUCCAAAAGUAUGCGACGCAUUGCAGAGGGCAAAGACCCAGUAGAGUGGCAGGUCCACACGUGUGGUAUGGCCAACAUGUUUGCGUACCACAGCCUGGGCUACGACGACCUGGAUGAGCUGAUGAAGGAACCAAAGCCACUCUACUUUGUCCUGGAGCUGCUGAGGGUGCAGCAGCCCAGUGAGUACAACAGGGAGUCGUGGGCUCUGAGCAACGAGGAGAGGCUGAAGGCUGUUCCUGUGCUGCACGGCCAAGGAAACAAGCUGUACAAGCAGGGACGUUACCAAGAGGCCACGCAGAAAUACAAAGAAGCUAUCAUCUGCAUCAAGAAUGUGCAGACCAAGGAGAAAGCUUGGGAUGUUCCGUGGCUGAAGCUUGAGAAGAUGGCGAACACUUUAACGCUCAACUACUGCCAGUGUCUGCUGCGCAUGGAGGAGUACUACGAGGUCAUCGAGCACACCACGGAUAUCGUCAACCAGCAUCCAGGUGUUGCAAAGGCUUUCUACCUGCGAGGAAAAGCCCACAAGGAAGUAUGGAACGAGGCAGAGGCUCGGCAGGACUUCAGCAGGGUGCUGGACCUCGACCCUGGCAUGAAAAAGGCAGUGAAGAAAGAGCUGGCAGUGCUCAACAUGCGCAUGGAGGAGAAGAACCAGGAGGACAGGAACAAGUAUAGAGGCAUGUUUUGACCCAGAGACUAAAAAUGUAACUGUUGUCAUAAAAUAGUCAAAACUGACCUCAACACCAAUGGAGCUCCGUAGGUCUGCAGGUAUCAACUAUUUAAGAAAAAUAAAAGCUGUCUGUAAUUUUUAAAAUGUUUGUGUCCAGGAAUAUGUAAACAUAUAUACCAAAUGCUACAGUUAAAAUGGCUCAAGCUCUUUAUGUAAGACGAGUAACACAAUUUGUCUUAGAAAGUGUGUAUUUCUCAAAUUGUCGUGCAAUACCAUAAAAACUCAAUAAAUUAUACCACACUUUGAAA